UCCCUUCUCCAAUGGUUCUAUGUUGCUACUAAACCCCAGAAAAAGCUACCACCAUCCCCACCAAAGCUCCCAAUUAUUGGCAAUCUUCACCAACUUGGCCUGUUUCCACACCGCUCCCUCCAAUAAUUGUCAAUAAAAUAUGGUCUGCUCAUGCUGCUUCAUCUGGGAAGCAAGCCAGUGCUGGUUGCCUCGUCCUCUGAUACUGCAGCUCGCCAGAUCAUGAAAACCCAUGAUUUAUUCUUUGUGAACAGGCCUGAAUCGAGCAUCGCAGAUAGACUUUUUCACGGAAGCAAGGACGUAGCUUUUUCGCCAUAUGGAAACUAUAUUUCUUGGCUUGCGUGGGUUAAUCGCUUCAAUGGUUUGGACUCUAAAGUGGAGAAAUCAGUUAAACAGAUCGAUAGAUUUCUUGAGGGUGUGAUAGAAGAGCACAUUAAAAAGGGGAAAGGUGAGGCUGAAAGUGACUGUACUACGGUGGCAAGAUGCCAAGACUUUGUGGAUAACUUGAUUGAGAUUAAAAAGGAAAACACGAUGGGCUUUGCUCUUGACAGAGAUGCUAUGAAAGCUAUUAUCCUGGCGAAAAACAUCUGAAACCGAAAAGGAAAGAAAUAUCAAGAAAAUGAGAAGACAGCAAAAAAUCUUCUUGUUGGCCAAUGCUGGAUCCAACGCUAGAUCAGAGGCUCUCCAAGCCAGAGCCGCGUCGGAUUGAAGUGAAACAGCUUCAAAAUCCUGCAAUUCCAAACGAUACUGGAUGAUCCAUUCAUAGUACAGUAGUUUUUUAUUUUGGUGUGCAUACGGAUUCUUCUUGUCCAAA